AUGAGAUCUUGCGAUCGGUUACAGGAAGCUCUGUUACAGUGCCACCGUCGGAUGCCGGAAGGACCGGCAAGGAGUUCCGGUUGCAGACAUCUGAACAGGGCGUUUGCGGAGUGCGUUGUGGCGGAGAUUUGUCCUGAGGAAUCCGAGGCGGUGAGGUCGCUUUGCUCUAGCGGCGGAACAAACCUCAAGCGUAAACAGUGCGACGACGCUCAGCUCUCACUUUCUCUUUGUCUUUCUCGCCAUCAGCGACAAUUUGAGCAGUAA